UAAUUUUAAAAAAAAAAUAAAAAAAAAAAAGAAAAUCAAUUGGCACAUGCGUGAGCAUGUGUCAAGGGGCUAGUCAUUGAUUAUUGCUGCCCUGCCCAUUGGUCCCAUAUCCAACCGCUAGUUCAAGUCCAGACAAGAAAACAAAACUGACUCACGUGUAUUUAACGUGUGGGGUGGGGGGUGGGGGGGGUGGUCGGUGGAGAGUCGAGCAAAUAAAAAAAAUAAAAAAGGACAAAACCAAAAUUUAAAUUCUAUAAAAGAUAGAGUCAAGCAAAUAAAAAAAUAUCCAGAUUAAGCAGCCAUAUUAGUUAGCUUUGGCAAAGCUAUGGAAGAAAAGGCAUCGAGGAGCUUGUACGGUGGCUCUCUUAUUGUGCCUAGUGUUCAAGAAUUGGCCAAGAAGCAUAUAAUCACCAUCCCACCCAGAUACAUACAGCCUCAUCAUCACCAUCACCAACAAGAUCAAGUGAUAUUCAACUCUGAUGCGGAAAUACCAUUCAUUGACAUGCACAAGUUGCUUUCUCAAGACUCAAUUGAUUCUGAAUCUGAGUUAGCUAAGCUCCAUUUUGCUUGCAAAGAGUGGGGUUUCUUUCAGUUGGUAAACCAUGGAGUGAGCUCUUCCUUGAUGGAGAAAAUAAAGACAGAAGUUCAAGACUUCUUCAACCUUCCCAUGGAAGAGAAGAAAAAGCUUUGGCAAACCCCAGGAGACGUGGAAGGUUUUGGACAAGCCUUUGUAGUUUCAGAAGACCAAAAGCUCGAUUGGGCUGACCUUUUCUUCAUGACCACCCUUCCAGUUCAAAUAAGGAGGCCUCGUCUGUUCCCAAACCUCCCUUCUCCUUUCAGAGAGACCUUAGAUGAUUACUCAUUGGAGCUGAGGAACCUAUCCAUGACUAUCCUAUCCCAAAUGGAAACUGCUUUACAAAUGGAAGACAAGGAAGUGACCAAGUUGUAUGAAGAUGGAAUGCAACAAAUGAGGAUGAACUAUUACCCUCCAUGUCCUCAUCCAGGGAAAGUCAUCGGUCUUACACCUCAUUCUGAUAGUGUAGGUCUCACCAUCCUCCUACAAGUCAAUGAAAUGGAUGGUCUCCAAGUGAAGAAAGAUGGGAUUUGGGUUCCUGUUAAACCACUACCAGAUGCCUUUAUUGUCAACGUUGGAGACAUUUUAGAGAUUCAAACAAAUGGUGUUUAUCGCAGCAUUGAGCAUCGGGCAACAGUUAACUCUGUGAAAGAAAGGCUCUCGAUCGCUACAUUUUACAACCCGGAAUUUGGUGGUGAAAUUGGUCCAGCUCCUAGCUUGGUCAGUGAGCAAACACCUGCAGCAUAUACAAGGGUGGGACUUGAAGAUUAUUUCAAAGCCUUUUUCGAACGUAAGCUUCAAGGAAAGUCUUUUCUUGAUGAGCUGAAGAUAAAGUAUUAGAAAAUUACUCAAUUCCAUUUAAUUUUCUGAAGAAAUAGAAAGCGGUGUAGUCUUGUAUAAUUAGUAUUGUUUUAGGGUAAUGUUAGGUUUACUACAUUUUUAUAUCACAUUGUGUACCACCUCUCUAAUAGAGGUGGAGCCCAUCAAUAUAAUGGGACCCCACCUCUAUUAGAAAGAUAAUACACAAUAUGAUAAGCCUAGCAUUUCCUACUAUUAUAUUAUCGCCUCAAACUCGAUUUGUGUGAGUGCCACCUGCUCUUAUAACUUUAUAAGGCAGUUCAGUGUGAAAUCUCUCCAAGAUUAAAAGAAGAAAACCCUUUUUUUAAUUAAUAACCAAUAGUGCGUACAUUUAAUUACAAAAGGCACAAUUGGAAAGAAACCAAAAAAAUAGUGGAUUAUACAAUCACUCCACCCUCCCCUCAAAUCUAAACAUGGGACUUUUACCCCUCUUGAAUCCCCACUUAAACCCAUUUAAACUUCAACAGUACAAUUAAAGACAUCUAAAAUAUCAAUUUCAAGGGAGUAACAAACUAAUAUAAGAGCAUAGUUUUAUUUCUCUCUUGAUGUAGGUUCUCUAUGUUAUGUCUUGGAGGAAGAUUAAUGGCGGUUGGUUUUCCUUUUGUCGGCGUUGUUUUAGUUUUGUAAUUUUAGUUUAGUUUGUUCAAUAAGAUCUAGAAACUUUAUGAGUUG